AUGUUAAUUCUCUUGGUCUCCCUAAUUAACCUUACAUUAUCAAGUCAUUCAAAUCCCGGUCAUCUAAAACCAUUUGGUACAGUAGGAUCAUUAGUAAAUAUUGAAGAAAUCAAUGGAGAAUAUCCAAAUAUAUUAAAAUUUUUCACAUAUUAUCUACCAAAAUCUGAACCAAUUCUAUCUCGUCAAGUAUUAAUUAACGAUCAGUAUUAUAAUAUAUGGAAAACAGAUGAACAACUUGAAAAUGAAGUUGAAGGAUUAUCAAAAGCAAAUAUUUAUGUUGAAUCAAUGACACAACGUCAACGAACUCAAAUGAAAUUUGCAGAAUUUUUUGAUAAAUAUCAAAAAGAACAUUUAUUUUUUGCUGAUAAUAUACCUGAAAUUCUUCGGUAAAAUCAUAUUGAAGAUUCUUUUAUGAGAUCUCUCUCAACACGAUGGAUGUUUUAUAUAGUAUGAGGAUUAUUGGACUGAAUAAAUUUAGAUUACUUAGUAUAUUUUUAUAGAAAUUUAACAACCUGACAGAGUCUGUUAGCGAUUUCUGUAUCAAAAUGCAUAAUCUUCGAAAUUAAGUCAAAUGAUCAAAUUGUAUCACAUACGUGUAACAAUAGUAAAUCGUUUUGUCAUUGCACGAAUUCACUCAUAGAAAUACGCUUAUCUGUCUUUUGUAUUCAUGGGAAUCUUAUUGAUCGAAUAGACACGUGUCACACAAAUAAAUGUAUAAAAGACGAUAGUAGAAAAAUACGCCUGUUUAAAUAGUGGAGUCGAAAAAAAAGAAGAAGAUGAAAUAUUAUGUAUUCGAUCGGAUU